GCUCAAGUGGCGCGAGAGGCACGGAGGGAGGGACGGUCUGUCUUUCUUCAGUUAUUUGCCGAUGCUAUGAUCUGAAGCAGGAUCUUACUGCCAAGAGCUACAUAUUCCAAUAGACUUCAGAAGCAACGAAGUGGAAACUAUAUUAGUGUCAUGGUGAAAUAAAGGCAUAUUUUGAAGAAAAAAAAAAUGUGAAGCCAGUCAUUCAUAGUGUUGAAGAACUUACAUGAAUAAUGCAUUCUUUUUCUUUAAUGUCAGACAAUAAUACAUCUUUGAUAAUAACAUUUUUAACAGGUUAAGGUUAGGGUGCUUUGUAAAAGAUUGGACAGACAAAUUGAUAAUUCAGUAUGAGUGAGGAAAAGCCUUUUGUGUGUUUAUAUUGCAAUAAGAGAUUCAAUUGGAAGCACAACCUGAAACAGCAUCUGAGGAAUCACACAAAUGACAAACCAUUUGAAUGUUCAUAUUGCGAAAAGAAGUUCAGAUGGAAGCACAACCUGUCGCAGCAUCUCCGGAACCACACAGGAGACAAGCCGUUUGAGUGUUCUUCUUGCAACAAGAAGUUUGACUGGAAGCACAACUUGGAGACUCACAUGAGGACUCAUACGGGUGAAAAACCCUUCAAGUGCUCCUACUGCAACAAGGAUUUCAGCCAGAAGGGUCACUUAAAGGAGCACUGGAGAUUACACACUGGUGAAAAACCUUACGAGUGCACAUAUUGCGAUAAAAAAUUCUAUGCAAAGUCAUGCCUGACAAAGCAUCUAAAACUUCACGAAAGUAGUGAAGUUUUCCAGUGUUCAUAUUGUGACGAGAAAUACUCUGUGAAACGGGACUUUAGAAAACACUUGAAAACUCACGGAAUUAAAAAACCUAAACAGCUGCAUAAGUGUCCACAUUGUGACAAAGAAUUAACCCAGAAAUGUCACUUGCAAAGACAUUUAAGAAUACACACAGGCGAGAAACCUUUCUCAUGUUCAUAUUGUGGAAAGAAAUUCAUCCAGAAAAGUUCUCUGAACCAGCACGAGAAACUUCAUAGAAAUGAGAAGCCUUAUGUCUGCACACUUUGUGAUAAAAGGUUCAGCCAAAAUUGUCAUUUGAAACUCCACAUCAGAGUUCAUACUGGUGAAAGGCCUUAUCAUUGCGAUCUUUGUGAAAAGAAGUUUGCUGCCAGGUCAGAUUUAACCAAACAUCUAAAAAUUCACACAGGCGAAAGGCCAUUUUCAUGUUCGUUUUGUGAUAAAAAGUUUAUUGGAAAGUCAGAAUUAACAAGUCAUAUGAAAAGUCAUAUGAACAAGAAGAGAAUGCAAUGUUCACUCUGUGAUAAGAGUUUUACUACAGAGGCUGCACUGGCUCAUCAUAUGGAGUUGCUGCAUACCGAAGAUGGCAGUCCAAAUUGUACUAGCAGUUUUGCCCUUGUUGCUAGCACAAGUAAUCAUCUCGACAGUGAGUCUAUUAACGGGGAACACGACCUGUUAGACAGCCAUUCUCCUAUAAUGGACGACCCUGCAAGAGACCCCCUUGAUGGCGACAGACCCGGGACGCCACAGCACACGCCAGGUGAAGGAACCAGUGGGAGUCGAUGGCCCGAAAACGUGAUAUUCAUCAAGUCCGAAUACGACCCUGACAUUGUAAAGACCGAGAACUUCCCGUGUUCCGCAGCCAGAGAUGUCGGCGCCGAGUCCAGGGAGGAGGACUUCGCGGAAGGCAUUAAGACGGAAGACCACAUCACCAUCAAAGAGGAAGUCCCCUCCGACUAAAUUAUUUGUUUACAUGGCGUAGGAUAUUAGAAACUUUAGCGUCCAGUAAUGACUCCUUGCUUCUGGUAUUUGUGCAUUAUCGGCGUCCGAGCUAGUCCCCUUGUGUCUUCAGUAGACUGUAGUUGGUGUACUGUGUGCACUUCUUCCGGAAACUGACUGUAGACUUUUAUCCGUUACUCGUUUAUCUUAAGAUUAAAUAAAGCU